GAUGCUGCAUCCGGAUCGACUUGAAUACGCAGAGCAUCCUCCGCUGGAAGGCAUCUCUCCGAGACACAAUGGGGCGCAGAAAGUCAAAGCGAAAGCCACCUCCCAAGAAGAAAAUGACAGGAAACCUGGACACCCAGUUCACCUGCCCGUUCUGUAACCACGAGAAAUCCUGUGAUGUCAAAAUGGAACGGACCCGAAACACAGGAAUUAUAUCCUGCAGCGUUUGCUUGGAGGAGUUCCAGACUCCUAUAACAUAUCUGUCCGAGCCCGUGGACGUUUACAGCGAUUGGAUCGAUGCCUGUGAAGCGGCCAACCAGUAGUUUUCCUGACUCUCUAACCUCACUCUCCGCCUGGUGAAUUAGUUUCCUAUCGAGAUAGCACAAUGUAGCCAAAUAUUUUUUUCCUCCCUUCCAGUGUGUGACGUUGUUAGAUUCACUUUGUGUGGUGACACAUUCCCUCCGGCUGGGCCAGAGCGUCGCCACGUCUCUGUCGCGGUUCUUUAUGUAAACGUUGGAUUAGAUCAUGUUGUAUUUUUUCCUCACAAUUUUUGGACCAAACUGUCAUAUUAUGAAGUUUAAACUCUAACCAUGCAGGUGUUUUUAAGUGUUAAACAUUCCACGUCCUCCGUUGGUAUUUUUUUGUGAUCAAGAAAUUAUCUUUUUAGAUUUUUGUAUUUAGCAGAUUUGACACGAUGCUCUUUUAUGACGGGUCGUUUUUAUUUAUGUCCAACCCUGUCACUAAUGCACUGACAACCUUUUUGUUUUUUCCUCCUCCUCUCUAAAUCUGUUGCUUUAUUUCGUCCAGUAUAUAUAUUUGUACUGCUAGACUUUCCUUUUAAAAAGAUUCCAAUCAUUUUAUUACUUCAGUGUAUUUCACAUGUGAGCUGCUGACAGCGAUGUCAAAAAAAAUAUAUUAAAAAAAUCAAGUCACAAUCA